GACUCAAAGCUCUACUUCUACACUUGGCUGGUGAGCGUGUUCAUGACAUAUACGAUACAUUAGCGGCCACAGGAGACAAGUAUGCAGAUGUAAAAGCAAAGCUGGAAACAUAUUUUACUCCAAAGAAAAACGUGCUGUAUGAAGUGUACACAUUCAGAAAAGCAGUUCAGCUCUCAGGCGAAAAUCUGGACACAUACUGCACAAGACUACGUAUGCUGGCCAAACACUGUGAAUUCGCGGAUGUGAAUUUGGAAAUAAAAGGACAACUAAUUCAGAGCUGUACAUCAACAAGGCUUCGCAGACGAGCGCUCAGAGAGCCCAACAUGACUCUGGAAGAAAUCCUCAACUACGGCAGAUCAAUGGAAGUGUCAGAACAGCAGGCAACAGGCAUGGAACAAGGAGCAGCUGCAGCAGUGAAUGCGGUGCAACACAACGAACAACCAACCAAGAGGUACAAUACUGCCCAUGCAAACACAAACAAAUCGAGCAGUCAGUGUCGAAACUGUGGUGGGAAGUAUCCCCACGACGGUGAUUGUCCUGCUCGAGGAAAAGAUUGUAAAGCUUGCGGCAAACUAAAUCACUUUGCCAGACAGUGCAGGUCAAAGCCAAAACAACAAAUGAGCAGAGAUGUGAAACCAAAGAGCUACACUAAACAGUACAAAUCACAAAAGAAAGUCUACAAUGUCACUAACUCAACGCACAGUGAAAGUAAAGACUCAGACAGCAGUGAUGAUAACUAUGUGUUUGUGACCACCAGCACAGCUAAAAGAAGCACACCAACAACCCAAGUUAAGAUUGGUGAUACUGGCAUCUCAGUAGUCCUAGAUUCAGGUGCCACAGUAAACGUCAUGAGUGAAUCUGCUCUUAACAUGCUGUCACCACAGCCACAGUUGGCACCAGCGGACACCAAAAUCUUUCCCUAUGGCUGUACCACUCCACUGUCACUGGUUGGCAUGUUCAGAUGUGAGGUGAAAGCAAAUGAUAAACAGACAUUGUGCAGAUUUUAUGUAAAAAGUGGCAAAGGCUGUUCCCUACUCGGUUAUGACACAGCGACACAGCUAGGUCUCAUUAACGUAGUCAACACUAUGUCCACACCUCAACCAAGCACAGUGGCGGAUAAACUGGUCAAAGACAACCCAGAACUCUUCCGAGGCAUAGGAAAACUCAAGGAUUUUCAAGUCAAACUUCACAUCGACACUACUGUUCAGCCCACAUGUCAGCCACACAGGCGAGUGCCAUUCCACAUCCGUCAAAGAGUGGAAAAAGAGCUAGAAAAGCUGGAAGAAGGUGACAUUAUUGAAACUGUGACAGGCCCAACGCCAUGGGUUUCACCAAUAGUGACUCCACCCAAACCCAAAAACCCAAAUGAAGUCAGAAUCUGCGUUGAUAUGCGACAAGCUAACACUGCAAUACAACGUGAACGUCACAUCACACCGACGAUGGAUGACGUCAUCCACGAACUCAAUGGAGCCACUGUCUUCUCCAAACUUGAUUUAAGAGCUGGAUAUCACCAGUUGGAGCUUCAUCCAGACAGCAGAUACAUAACAACUUUCAGCACUCACAAAGGCCUGCGCAGAUACAAACGGCUCAACUUUGGUAUUUCAUCAGCAGCGGAAGUAUUCCAAAAUGCCAUCUGCCAAGCACUACAAGGGAUCAGUGGGGUAAAGAACCUCAGCGACGACAUCAUCGUGCAUGGGAAAACACAAGCUGACCAUGACAACAGCCUCGCAGCAGUUUUUCAGAGACUCAAAGAAAAGGGCCUUACUCUCAACAGAGACAAAUGUGAGUUCAACAAGUCCAGACUGGAAUUUUUUGGAUUCAUCUUCCAAGCAGGAGGAAUCUCAGCUGACCCCAAAAAGACCACAAGGCGCUGGAGGUGAUCUGGAAUAAUCCUCGUUCCAAGCCACCAGCAAGGAUUGAACGUUGGGGUUUGAGACUACAACCCUACGACUUCGCAGUAGUCUACAGGAAAGGAGCUGAAAACCCAGCAGACUACAUGUCCAGGCAUCCAGCAUCGACACAGCAUGGGUUACACACCAGAGCAACAAAAGUUGCUGAAGACUACGUCAACUUCAUGGCACAACAAGCAACGCCCAAAGCAAUGACUCUGUCCGAAAUCCAAGAGGAAACCCUCAAAGACCCCCUUCUGAAAAAGGUCAGUGAGCAUGCAAGGCACAACACAUGGCACACUAUCAAAAAGGAUUCACAGGAUGCCACUGCCCUGCAAAAAUACAAGCAAAUCAGCGGCGAACUCACUGUUUCACCUACUGAUGACAUAAUACUUCGAGGCCUCAAGAUCGUCAUCCCCUCAGCCCUUGAAGACAAAGUGUUGCAGUUAGCCCAUGAAGGACAUCAGGGCAUUGUGAAAACAAAAACAUUAUUGAGGUCAAAAGUAUGGUUUCCAAACAUUGACCAAAAAGCAGAGUUUAUGGUUAAGAACUGUCUAGCAUGCCAAGCAAACACCCCGGUGACACAAGUCGAACCUCUAAAAAUGUCAGAGUUACCUGAGUCACCGUGGCAUUCAGUCAGUGCAGACUUCUACGGUCCACUCCCCACUGGAGAGUACUUGCUAGUUCUUGUGGAUGAGUACACCCGCUACCCAGUCGUUAAACCUGUGAGAUCCACCUCAGUAAAUACGGUGAUCCCAGUCAUGGAUGAAACGUUCUCAAUGUUUGGCAUUCCCAGAAUACUCAAAACAGACAACGGACCUCCUUUCAACAGUGAGCAGUUCUCGAAAUUCCUAACACACAUGGGAUGUCAUCACAGGAAGAUCACGCCUCUAUGGCCACAAGCAAAUGCAACGGCAGAGCGCUUCAUGCGGACACUUGGAAAAGCUGUACGUGUUUCAGAGAAUCAGAGCAUCCCCUGGAAGCAAACACUGAACACAUUUCUUCGUGAGUAUCGCUCUACACCACACAGCACCACUGAAGCAUCGCCUGCAGAGCUUAUGUUCCAACGCAAGAUCAAUACCAAGAUUCCUGCACAUUCCAGUACCACUCAAAACAAAACUGACCAAGUGAUCAGGGAGCGUGACAAGCAAGCAAAGACAAAAAUGAAGCAAAACGCAGAUACACGUCGCCGCGCAAAAUCCAGUUCUCUCAGUGUUGGUGACGCCGUGCUGCAUCGUCAGUCAAAACAAAACAAGCUGACAUCAUCCUACAACUGUGAUCCGCACACCAUAACCAGCAUCAAUGGCUCCAUGGUCACUGCCAGAAACAACAAGCAUUCCAUCACAAGGAACUCAUCAUUUUUCAAAAGGAUAAGUGCCAGUGCUCAGUGUCCCACACCUACUCCAGACACCGAUGAUGAGGACAGUACUCCAACAGUUCCACGGUACCCUGCGAGAUGCACCAGACGCCGCCCUGCGUAUCUGGAAGACUACGAAGACACUGGCUGAGCAAUAAGUUUUCUUUUUCAGAUGUUUGCCAAUGAGUUCACUUGACUGUUUACAUUUGGUUGUUUGGCUGCAACAAUAAUCACUUGCCAUCUAUUUGCAUUUUUGAAAUAUCAAGUGCUGUUUUCUUUUUCUUUCAGUCCAAAAGGAAUGCACUUAUGAGACAGAUUUAUUUCUUUUGUUGUUUGUGAGUUCUAAAUAGAGUGUGUUGUGAAUUUCAAGAAAUGCAACAAAAUGUUCAGGGAAUUUAAGAACCUUAGGUAAGAAAAUGUUUGGAAAGUAAAAAAAAAAAAAAAAAAAA